CGCGUCUGCUCUGUUUUUUCUCCCUGCUGCAGCCGAAGUGAACCCAGCCAUAACCGAAGCCCCCAUCUGCAAAUUUGAAAAGCCGCCGGAUCUGCUCUGCUUCUUCCCCCUCUGCCGCCGGCUGCUACUGGUUUUUUUUCCUGGUAAAAUCAGCCCAGAAACUCCUCUUUUCAGCCUUGAUUUAUGUUAGGUCACUCUAAUCUUGUUGUUCUUUCAAUUGCUAGUGGCCCCGUGAAAGUCCCCCGAUUUUUCCCGUCGGCUCUCCCCCAUACCGCCAGCUCCAGCCUUGCUUGCUGAGCAUUUCUGGUAAGUUGGCUUCUCUAAUCUUCGAAAAUUAGUGGAUUAAUGGCGGUUUGUGAGUUAAUUGGUUGUGUGGGUGUUUGGGUUGUCCAAAAACAAGAUGCCGGAGGUGGGGGAUGAGUCUUGGCAAUUGGAAAAUGGGUUUUGGUUGAUGAUUGGUGUAGGAGAUUAGUGGGUUUGAUUGUUGUGUGAUAUCCGAGAGAAAAAAGGGGAGAAUUCCGUGAAUUGGCCAUAUUUUUUCAAGGCCGGUUCUCCCAAAUUCCUGUCCAUUAGUUUGAGAAAUUGUAUAUCUGUAAUUGUGUAUACAUAGAUAUUAAUUGAGAACAUUGUGAUUAGGUCCUUGAUUGUCCUGAGGCCUUAGCACUGGGAUUAGGUCUUCUGUCCUGUGUAAUUAAGGUAAGUAAAUUUAUGGUAAUGCCCGUAUUGUUUUAAAAGCAUAUUUUGAAUUGUUUUUGAAAUGGUGGCGGGACUAAACCGUUUUAUGCAAAAGUAAAUAUGACUGAUUUAAAGUGAAGUUUUUAUGCUUUUCAUUAAAUUGAUCAUGCCUACUUGAAAUUUAAUUGAUUGUCCUAAUGAUUUGAAAGUGAUUGGUGAGUUAUGAUUUUUCUGUUAACUUUUGCCUGUUUUGUCUCCGAUGUGGUUAUGUUAUUACUGACCCUGCUAGCGGGGGUUAACGCUAGCACAUGUCAACAUGUUAUUGAUAGGACCGGUUCGUUUUACUGACCCUGCUAGUGGGGGUUAAACACCAGCAAAUACUGACCCUGCUAGUGGGGGUUAAACACCAGCAAAUACUGACCCUGCUAGUGGGGGUUAAACACCAGCAAAUACUGUAGCUUGCCAGUGGGAGGUUUAAACACUGGCCAUGACCUAUUGAGGAGACGUCUAUUUCUUCCCCAUACUGUAUCCGUUUUAAUUGUACUGUUGGCAUGCUAUCAGUUUAAUUGACUACUACUAAACUUUAUUCUGCAUAAGGGUUUAUCAUUGAUCAU